AGAUGGCUACUGCACAGGCUCCUUCCAGCAUGGAUAACACAACCUGUUUGGAGCUGGCAUUGGAAGGAGAAAGGCUCUGUAAAGCUGGGGACUGCAGAGCUGGUGUAGCUUUCUUUGAGGCAGCUAUUCAGGCUGGAACUGAUGAUCUCAAGACAUUGAGUGCCAUUUACAGUCAACUUGGCAAUGCCUAUUUUUAUCUUGGUGAUUAUGUGAAGGCCAUGCAGUUUCACAAGCAUGAUCUCACACUUGCAAGAACAAUGGGCGAUCGUCUUGGUGAAGCAAAGGCGAGUGGGAACCUUGGGAACACUCUGAAAGUCAUGGGGAGGUUUGAAGAAGCCAUCAUCUGCUGCAAGAGACAUCUGGAAAUCUCCCGAGAGUUAGGAGACAAGGUUGGAGAAGGUCGAGCUCUAUAUAACUUAGGGAAUGUGUUUCAUGCUCAAGGGAAGCAUCUUGGGCGAAUGGGACAGCAAGAUCCUGGGGACUUCCCUGAUGAAGUCAAGGCUUGCCUACAACAAGCUGUGAAAUAUUAUGAGGACAAUUUGAAUCUCAUGGUGGAAAUAGGAGACAGGGCAGCUCAGGGUAGAGCAUGUGGAAACCUUGGUAAUACACAUUAUCUUUUGGGCAAUUUCCUUCAAGCAAUCAAGUAUCAUGAAGAGCGCUUGAGGAUAGCAAAAGAGUUUGGCGAUAAAUCUGCUGAAAGACGAGCUCACAGCAACUUGGGUAAUGCCCAUGUCUUUCUCGGCGAAUUUGAAGUGGCAGCAGAGAAUUACAAAAAAACAUUAUCAUUGGCUCAAGAACUCGGGGAUCGAGCAGUGGAAGCUCAGGCCUGUUAUAGCCUGGGUAACACUUACACGCUUCUGCGAGACUAUUCUACUGCUAUUGAGUAUCAUCUGAAGCAUCUCAAGAUUGCAGAAGAAUUACUAGAUAAAGUUGGAGAAGGUCGUGCCUGUUGGAGUCUUGGGAAUGCCCAUGCUGCCACUGGUGAUCAUGAAAAGGCGCUCAGUUAUGCAAAAAGGCAUCUUGAAAUCUCAAAGGAGAUUGGAGAUGAGACUGGCCAAGCUACAGCUCAAAUGAAUGUGAAUGACCUUCAGAGGGCCCUAGGUCUUCCAGUCACAGAGUGCAUAAUAGAUGGGAAUGGAGAUGGGGAAUUUGGCACACCCACUCGAGACAUGAGAAGACCUAGACGACCAUCCAUGGAAAAUAUGGACUUGCUAAAGAUGACUCCCGAUGUGAAGCUGGGCUUGCGUCAGAAUGUGAACAAUGAAGACAAAGGCGAUGGUCUCAUGAUGUCACUGGCUGUCUUAGAUGAUCGCAUGAUGGACAGAUCUGAUUUAGAGGAUCCCGAGCAAGAUGACUUCUUUGAAUUGCUCAGUCGUUUCCAGUCCAAGCGUAUGGAUGAUCAACGCUGUGCCCUGAAGCCUCGUUCGGCAUCUGUUCCGACAGCUAAUGGACUUCAGUCUAGUCAUGACUCAGUUGCAGCUGCAGGUGAUGGUCUUGGGCUGAAGGACGACCUAAUGGAUCUGAUAGCUGGGAUUCAGGGAAGGCGAUUAGAUGAGCAACGUGCUUCUUUGCCUUGUCUCCCCUCAUUGCCAGGCUUGAACUCUCACACUGCCACAGGUCAAGACAUUUUCAAAAGGCUUUCAGUGGCAUCUGCUGCUUCUGUAACAGAGAAAACCUUCCCUGAUGAUGACUUCUUUGAUCAGCUCAUGAGGUGUCAGGGUACACGCAUAGAGGACCAGCGAAGCCAUCUUCCUACCAGGGGUCCUACAGUUCCUGAUGAAGAUUUCUAUUCCUUGAUAAUGCGCUUCCAGUCGGAGAGACUUGAUGACCAACGGUCCAAUCUGCCAGCUCGCCGAGAGAGGAACGGGCACUUACCAGCCCUGUCGUCUGCACCUCCCCCUCCUUCUGCAUCUGCUCCAACCGAUCCUCCUCCUGGCGGCGUCUCUCGUCUCCUGAAGUCUGUAAAGAAA